CCGAGGCGGCUCCGCGGGGCGGGGCUUUGAAUGGCGCUGAGUCGGCGCCAGCUGCGGGAGUUCCCCGGAAGCGGCGUUGUUACCACGGCAACGGCGCAGGCGGCGGCGGCGGGGCUGAACCCGGCCGACAUUUCGUAGGCCGAGGUGAUCCGUGUGUGUUUGACCCAGAACCAUGGGACUGUUUGACAAGCUAGCAGGGUGGCUUGGGCUGAAGAAAAAGGAGGUUCAUGUUUUGUGCCUUGGUUUGGACAACAGUGGCAAAACAACAAUCAUCAAUAAACUUAAGCCUUCAAAUGCUCAAACUCAGGACAUUGUUCCGACAAUAGGAUUCAGUAUAGAGAAAUUCAAGACAUCCAGUUUGUCUUUCACAGUUUUUGAUAUGUCAGGCCAAGGCAGAUACAGAAACCUCUGGGAACAUUACUACAAAGAAGGCCAAGCCAUUAUUUUUGUCAUUGAUAGCAGUGACAAAUUAAGAAUGGUUGUGGCCAAAGAAGAACUUGACACUCUUCUGAAUCAUCCAGAUAUUAAGCACCGUCGACUGCCUAUUCUUUUCUUUGCAAACAAGAUGGACCUCAGGGAUGCAAUAUCAUCUGUGAAAGUAUCUCAGUUAUUAUCAUUAGAAAACAUCAAAGACAAACCUUGGCAUAUCUGUGCCAGUGAUGCUCUUAAAGGAGAAGGCUUGCAGGAAGGUGUGGACUGGCUCCAAGAUCAGAUGCAAGCAAUGAAGACAUGAGAGAUAAAUAAAAGAUGUAUGGUGUUUUCUCUGCUGCUUUGUUAGCAGCUGACCAGUUUUUGGAAAUGAAGAAAGGCUUAAAGAAAAUGGAGCACUUCAGCUAAACAUUAUGUGAUGAUUUGUUUCCUUUUAGUAUCUCUUCCAGAGAAAGUAAAUAUAGAUAACAUAGUAUCUCAGGUAUGCACAUCCAUGAAUUAAAUUGAACUGUGUGAUGGGGGAGCAUAUUUAAAACCAAAAAUGUGUAAGUAAUAAGCAUCUGCAUUCAUUUGAGUUUUUGGUGAUAAUUAGCCAUGGGGGGCAGUACGCCACUUCUGGGGGGAAAACAACUUUUGAACAAAUGGGAGUAUUUAUAUUCCUGAGGAAGAGUAGUCAGUACUUCCUGAAAUGAAACUAUAUGAAAUACCUAAAAUAGAGUUCCUACAAACAGUAGGGUUUUUUAAUUGAAAGUUUUGACGUUGAGAUUUUUUUCAAGUGACCAUCUGCAGUAGACUACUAGAAGAAUAUUUUGAGGUUAACAUGAGUUCAAAUGUUAAAUGCAGCUUUUACAAAUGACUGCAGAUGUUUUAAGGAAUUUCUCAUUAUCAAAUGUUACAAACAUUUUCUCUGCUAUGUCAUGGUUAUACUUGCAUUCCCAUCAAUAAAACUUCAGAUAUACAACA